CCGCUGGUUUCUCUUUCAGAGGCCCGUCUGGAUAUGAAAUCAAGAUUGCACAUGGAUUAUUGACAUAUUUAUAUAAACUUGCGCUAUUCUUCGUCAGUUUUAUUAGUGUAAAUAAUCUUUACAUUCAUUAUUCUAGAUAGAGCAUUAUUCAGUCAAGAUGGUGCUGUCGUGCCGGUUUUAUAAAGAAAAGUACCCUGAGGUGGAAGACGUUGUUAUGGUCAAUGUCCGUAGUAUAGCUGAAAUGGGUGCAUAUGUGCACCUGUUAGAAUACAACAAUAUAGAGGGUAUGAUUCUGUUGUCAGAAUUAUCAAGGAGACGUAUUCGAUCAAUCAAUAAACUUAUCAGAGUGGGUAAAACUGAGCCAGUUGUUGUCAUUCGUGUUGACAAGGAAAAAGGCUAUAUUGAUCUGAGUAAACGCAGAGUCUCAGCUGAAGAUGUAGAAAAAUGCACAGAGCGAUAUGCAAAGGCUAAAGCUGUUAAUUCAAUUUUGAGACAUGUUGCUGAACUUUUGCAUUAUGAUAGUGAUGACCAACUUGAGGAGCUUUAUCAAAAGACAGCAUGGUAUUUUGAGGAAAAAUACAAAAAACAGAAGGCAUCGGCCUAUGAUUUUUUUAAACAAUCAGUAUCGGACCCUUCAAUUCUUGCGGAAUGUGGACUUGAUGAACACACUAAAGAAGUGUUAUUGAAUAACAUUAAGCGAAAACUCACAUCUCAAGCAGUGAAAAUAAGAGCUGAUGUGGAAGUUGCUUGUUACGGCUACGAAGGAAUUGAUGCUGUAAAAACUGCUUUAAAAGCGGGUUUGGCCCUUUCUACUGAAGAGCUGCCAAUAAAAAUCAAUUUAAUAGCUCCACCACUAUAUGUAAUGACAACGUCAACGCCGGAAAAGCAAGAUGGUUUGAAAGCACUAGAUGAUGCGAUUGAAGUCAUACAAAGUAAAAUUACAUCGUUAGGUGGCGUCUUUAAUAUUCAAAUGGCUCCGAAGGUAGUAACAGCUACCGAUGAAAUCGAAUUGGCGAGGCAAAUGGAGAGAGCUCAAAUGGAGAAUGCCGAAGUAGCUGGUGACGAUGAUGAGGAAGAAGUUGAAGGCAUGGGUGACUUCAGUGGAGGUGAAGGUGGUGAGGAAGAUGGUAAAGGCGAAAACGAGUCUCCGGAGGAAGAUUGAACUUGUGAUCAACCAACAAAUUACAUACUUGUACAACUGAUUUUGGUACUUGACUUUGCCCUUGGUCAACGUCAUACAACACUGAAUAACACCCUCUAGCUUGACAUGAUGUUACAGAAUUUUACAAAUAAAUUCAAUAAACCUCAAAAAA